GUGAAGUAUACAAAUAAGACAGCGGAGAGUUUCAGUUUAACAUCGUCGUCGUCGGAGUGAAAACACAGUUGAACAUGGCAAGCAGGCUUCUACAAGUAGGCACUAAGAUCAUCGGAGUCGGCAGAAACUACGCCGCCCACGCCAAAGAGCUCGGCAACGCCGUCCCCAAGGAGCCUGUGCUGUUUCUCAAACCGACGUCGUCUUACUUGGAAAACGGAGGCACGAUCGAAAUCCCUCACCCUCUGCAGUCGUUGGACUAUGAGGUGGAGCUGGCCGUCAUCAUAUCCAAGAAAGCUCGCGAUGUUCCCCAGGCCAAGGCCAUGGAUUACGUUGGUGGUUAUGCACUUGCUCUUGAUAUGACUGCCAGAGAGAUUCAAGCUACUGCUAAGUCUGCAGGUCUUCCAUGGACCAUAGCAAAAGGGCAGGACACCUUCACACCAAUCAGUUCUGUGUUGUCCCUAGCAACGGUGCCAGACCCUGACGAUUUGGAACUUUGGUUGAAGGUAGAUGGAGAAGUGAGGCAAAAAGGCUCAACCAAGGAUAUGAUAUUUAAAAUCCCAUUUCUCAUCAGCCACAUAAGUUCCAUUAUGACACUUCUGGAAGGAGAUGUAAUACUAACAGGUACUCCCAAGGGUGUUGGUCCAGUAAAAGCAGGCCAAAAGAUAACUGCGGGAAUAACAAACCUUGUGGAUGUACAAUUCAAUGUUGACAAACGGAGGCAAGGAAGUUCUUGAGCUAUUUGAAUUAGCUACAUAGUGUUAUUGCAUUUGAUAGUUCCAUCAGGAACAGAGAAAUAAUGUUGAUUGAAACCGGAGAACUGACUUAGCUUGGAGGCAGACACGAAGGGUACUAGUCUUUUUUAGCAUAUACUGUCAGUUCAAGGAUUGUAUGAUGCCUAAAUUCAACAUCUGUGUAUUUAUUUGAUUUGGAAUAAACAAGUAACAGGUACUUUGUCACUGGAAAAUACAAGAGAAAUAUCAAAAUUUCCGACAA